AUGUCAUACAAAAAACAGUCGAAUCUAAGUAGCCGAACUAAGAGAAGAAGAGUUGAAGAUGAACUCAGAAAUAUAGCUUCAUUUAUUUCAGACCCCAUGAUUAAUCAUAAUGUUAUGCCACAAUCCAAUUCAUCAAAAAUCAAUUUUGUCCCAGGAGUAAACUCAAAUUCGAAUGUAUUUGUAUCUACUUCUAAUAUUUCUGAUGAAAAUGUUAAUUUUACACCUCCACAAAGAAGUUCAAAUGAAUCAAUUCUUCAAGAUUAUUUAAAUAAUGAAGCUUUAGAAAAUUUAUCAGAAAUUAGUAUUAAUAGUAAUAGUGAAAGCGAGUCUUCAUCAGAUGAACACAAUAAUGACUGUACAUCAAAUAAUUAUAAAUAUGGUAAAACAUCAAUUUUUGUAUCGUUAUUAGCUGAAUGGGCAGUCAGUUGUAAAAUAACACAGAGUGCUCUUAAUAGUUUACUUGUUGUUUUGAGACAACAUGCCUGUUUUGAAUACUUACCUAAAGAUUCUAGAACAAUCUUACAAACUCAAGCAUUAGACACCUCAAAUUUUCAUAUCGUAGAACCUGGUAAUUAUUAUCAUUUUGGUUUAGCUAAUGCUAUUCAACAACAUUUUCCAUCUAGUUUACAAAAUGAUACUUCAGUUAUUAAAAUAGUAGCAGGUGUAGAUGGUCUACCAUUAUUUAAAUCAACGGCAGAAGAAUUUUGGCCAAUACUUGCCUAUAUUCGACCAAAUAGUAAUAAUGUCUUUCCAAUAGGAAUAUAUUGUGGGAAUAGAAAACCUUAUGACAGCAAUGCAUUUUUAAAAUAUUUUGUAGACGACAUAAAUGAAUUACAUAACAGUGGUAUUAAGAUAAAUGGAAAACAUUUUAAAGUUGUAAUAGAUGUUCUAUGUUGUGAUGCCCCGGCUAAGUCUUUUUUACUGCAAACCAAAGGCCACACCGGUUUCUCUUCUUGCUCAAGGUGUGAACAUGAAGGUAAAUAUUUAUUGAAUCGGAUAACUUUUCCACACACAUCAGGUAAUCAACCCACUAAGAGAACACAUCAAAAUUAUAUUUCUCGAUCUGACGAAGAAUAUCAUAUUGGAAAUACUUCCAUUUUAGUUACUGUACCAUAUUUUGAUGUUGUUUCUGAUUUUUCUAUGGAUUAUCAACAUUUAGUUUGCUUAGGCGUUGUUCGAAAAAUUAUUUAUUUAUGGAUGAAAGUCCCAUUGACUGUUCGUUAUCCAUCUUGGAAAAUAGAAGAAAUAUCAAAAACACUAGUAGGCUUAAGAAAAAACAUACCUUGUGAAAUAAAUAGAAAACCUCGAAGCUUAGCUUUAAUAAAAAAUUGGAAAGCUACUGAGUUUAGGACAUUUUUAUUGUAUUUGGGUUCCUCUGCAACUAAAUCGAUCAUAUCAAAGGAACAUUGGAAAAACUUUUUUGACUUAAGUUUAGGUAUGAUCAUAUUAUUAAGCCCUGACUAUGGACAUUAUAUUAAUAUUGCAAGGAAAUUAUUAGAUAACUUUAUCAAACAAUUUGAAAUACUGUAUGGAUGUCAUCUCAUAUCACAUAAUGUUCAUGGAUUAAGCCAUAUUUGCGAUGAUUAUAUUAAAUUUGGUGCACUGGAUAAUUGCUCAACGUUUCCUUUUGAAAACUACAUGAGUACUUUAAAAAAUUUGAUAAGAAAACCAGACAAGCCGCUUAUCCAAGUGGUUAAGAGAUGUAAUGAAAUAAAUUUGUUAAAACCCCAUUUUCAAAAUGAAACACCUGCAGCUUUCCAUUUUUCUGGAUCUCAUAAAAAUGGACCACUUACAGAAAAUAUACAAGGAUCCCAGUUCACCACAUUAAAAAUGAAACAGUUUGCAAUUAAAACAAAUAUAGAAGCUGACUGUUUCCUACUAACAAACAAUAAAAUUUUGGUUAAAGUUUUCAAUAUUGUUAAAGAAAAAAAUGACACAGUGUAUUUAAUUUGUAAAAAAUUUCAAAACAACAAUAUUUUAUUUGAUAAACCAAUUGUAUCUUCUGAGUUAGAUAUUUAUACUGUGAAUACAUUAAGCAACGAAUUUUAUUGUUACUCAAUUAAUGAGAUUAAAAAUAAAAUGAUAGUUUUUCUUUCUGGUGAUCAAUUUAUAGCCUUACCAUUACUACAUACUUCUUGUAAGUAA